AAGUCCUCGGUGUCUCCCGCGCGGACUUCCGGUUUGGGAGCUGGACUGGGAGGCUGGAGAGCAGGGGCCGGGGCCGGAGCGGGAGCGGGGAGAAACUCCUCUUACAGGGACCCAGGUGCAGUGAUUUCCCCAAGGAUAGAGAGGAGACAGGUAGAAGCCCUGGCUCCCACACCUCCAGCUGAUGUCAACCUGCAUUCUGUGAAUAAUGGCUAAAUCCACUCUGAGAGGGGAUGGGGGGAACUCUGAGACCUUUCGACAGCGUUUCAGGAAAUUCCAUUACCAGGAGGUGGCUGGGCCCCGUGAAGCUUUCAGCCAACUCUGGGAACUGUGCUGUAGGUGGUUAAGGCCAGAGGUUCGGACCAAGGAGCAAAUACUAGAGAUACUGGUACUGGAGCAAUUCCUGACAGUCCUACCUGGGGAGAUUCAGACCUGGGUACAGGAGCAUUGUCCAGAGAGUGGAGAGGAAGCUGUGACCCUGGUAGAAGAUUUGGAGAGAGAACCCAAAAGACCAGAGUGCCCGGUCACUGUCCCUGUGAAAGGACAGGAAGUUCGACCAGAGAAGAUGGCACCUCUGAGAUCACCUCUGGAGUUACUAAGUGUCCAGCAGGAAACAAGGGAGUCUCAGCCCAAGGUUGUGGCCAAGAAAGAAUGGGCAGGUUGCCCAGAACUAGGACCACAGGAACAACUUAACCUAAAAGAAAAGCUCAGACCUUAUCAAAGGACUGGAUUUACUUUUCCCAAAUCUGGUAUGGUUUCUGGGAUGGAGCGAGGAGAACCGUGGGUCCCAGAUCUUCUGGGCUCCAAGGAGAGGGAAAUCUCAAGAGGCAGUCACACAGGUGACAAACGAAUGCAUUCUGAUUUUAUGCCAUCAAGGAGGGAAAGAAAAAACUGGGGAGACCAGGAACAGUGGGGCUUUGAAGAUGAAAAGGUAGCUGGUGUGCACUGGGGGUAUGAAGAAACCAGGACUCUACUUGCAAUUUUAAGUCAGACUGAGUUUUAUGAAGCCCUCCGGAACUGCCACCGUAAUAGCCAAGUAUAUGGAGCUGUUGCUGAGCGACUGCGGGAAUAUGGCUUUCUCCGGACACUCGAACAAUGUCGGACCAAAUUUAAAGGCCUCCAGAAAAGUUACCGUAAAGUCAAGAGUGGCCAUCCACCCGAGACCUGUCCCUUCUUUGAAGAGAUGGAAGCCUUGAUGAGUGCCCGAGUCAUUGCUCUACCCAGCAAUGGCCUGGAGGAGGAGGCAGCCCCUCAGCCCAGCCUGGGGGCCAGUGAUGCUGAAACGGAAGAGCGAGAGCAGGGAGGCUGGCAGCAAGAGGAAGCAGCUGAAGAGGCUGUGGCUGAAGAUUCUGAUGGUGAUGAAAUGAGUAUUGAAACAGCCCCCCAGGAGCCUGGGAGCCCCAGUGCCCCAGUCCUGUUCCGAAGCCCAAGUGGUGUACACUGGGGCUAUGAAGAAACCAAGACUUAUCUUGCAAUUCUCAGUGAGACUCAGUUUUAUGAAGCACUCCGGAACUGUCAUCGUAACAGCCAAUUAUAUGGGGCAGUGGCUGAGCGAUUAUGGGAAUAUGGUUUCCUUAGGACACCAGAACAGUGUCGGACUAAAUUUAAAAGCCUUCAAACCAGCUAUCGGAAAGUCAAGAGUGGCCAUGCCCCUGAAACCUGCCCCUUCUUUGAGGAGAUGGAUGCCUUGGUGAGUGCUCGGGCUGCUGCCCCACCUAGUGAUGAUCUGGAGGAGGAAGCAGCACCUCGCCCUGUUUCAGGGACCAGUGAUGGUGAAACAGAAGAGCAAGACCAGGAGGGCUGGCAGCAGGAAGAGGCAGCUGAGGAGGCCUCAGCCACAGCCGAAGACUCUGAGGGUGAAGAAGUGGGCGCUGAGGAGACACCUCAGAGUUCUAGGAGCCCUGGUGCUCCAGUCCUGUUCCAAAGCCCAAGGGGUUUUGAGGCUGGAUUUGAGAACAAGCAGAAUGCAAAACGGGAUAUUUCUGAGGAAGUAGAACUGCACAGGACAUUACUUGCAAGGUCUGAAAGGAAAAUUACCCAUCGUUUUAAUCAGGGAAAAGACGAUGACAGUGAUUGCAGGACAGGAAGGCAAUGGGCAAAGUCCCCAGUGGAAAAAAGAGGAAAACUGACACCAGAAAGGGGUUUAGGAAAAAUCCUAAGUCAUCAAAAACCUUACUUGGGAGAGAGACCCUAUAAAUAUCUUAGAUAUGGGAAAAGUUUUGGUCCAAAUUCACACCUUCUCAUGCAUCAGAUACCCCACCAGAUAGAGAAUCCAUAUAAAUGUGGAGACUGUGGGAAAAGUUUCAGUCGAAGUGCACGCCUCAUUAGACAUCGGAGGAUACACACUGGUGAAAAGCCUUAUAAAUGUCUUGACUGUGGGAAAAGUUUCCGUGAUAGUUCAAACUUCAUCACUCAUAGGAGGAUUCACACAGGAGAGAAACCCUAUCAGUGUGGCGAGUGUGGGAAACGAUUCAAUCAGAGUUCGAGCCUUAUCAUACAUCAGAGAACCCACACUGGAGAAAAACCCUAUCAAUGUGAAGAGUGUGGUAAAAGUUUCAAUAACAGUUCUCACUUUAGUGCACACAGGCGAAUCCACACAGGUGAAAGACCUCAUGUGUGUCCUGAUUGCGGGAAAAGCUUCAGUAAAAGCUCUGACUUAAGGGCACACCACAGAACCCACACAGGAGAGAAACCCUAUGGAUGUCAUGAAUGUGGGAAAUGUUUCAGCAAAAGUUCAGCCCUUAAUAAACACCGAGAAAUCCACACGAGAGAAAAGCUUCUAUCACAGUCGGAACCUAAGUAAAAACCUGACAAUAUGUAAAGAGCCGUUAUAGAUGUAUUACUUGGGAAAGCAUCUCCUAAUAGAGAUCCCAACUUCAGUGCCCACCUGGCUUAGGAUUUACCCCACUGUGGUGCUCCUUACCAUAGUCUCCACAAUGCCAAGGCAAUAAGAUAUAAGGAACAAAGGUCAGAAGGUCUACAUUCCACCCUAGCUCUGCUUCUGACCUGACCAAGUUCCUUGCCCCCUCUCAGUGCCUAUGUCAUUCCUUCAAUAAAAGGAGAGGAUCCUGUGAGUUAAAAGUUAUCCCUGCUGUUGCUCAUCUUACCAUCUUGCUACAUUUCUGACUGGAAACAUUUCAGCAGCAUCGCAGGGUAAAGACGUUACGGAUUUAAUCUCAUGAUUCCAGGUUUCCCCCCCGCGCCCUCUCACAAAACAAGGGAAAUACUGAAAGGAGUGGAAUGACUCUUGUUCAUGUAAACCUGUACUUAGAAUGUACCCCUAAUGAAGACAAGUUUAGUGUGCCCCUUGGUCAUGUCUUACAAAUUGUCUUGUUAAGAAUCUAGGUGUCGUUUAUGGGGAAGCUGUUACAAACUUUGUGUAAAUUUGCAGUGUCAGCCCUGGAUGGCUAUUCCUUAGUUUCCUUCAACCCUCAGAUGGUUCUGAGUAGAAAGAAUUCCUGUACUUAUAGUAUUCCUACUUCCCUUCUAUCCCAUCUCAUCUGUAUUUCAAUUGUCCCUUGUAGCCCCAAAGAGCAAGGCAGCUGGACAGAGAGUGGGUAGAAUGGGGCAUCAAUAGGGAUGUUCCAUGUCCCUGGUAUUCAAUUCAACUAGUACAGUAUUAUGCACCCUGUGGGUGCUAAAUACUUCUUGACAAAUAAGCAGAAGACAUUUACUGUGUUACUAUUUACUGAGAACAGAGUCCACCAGUGCCAACAGCCCUCAAGCCUGAUUAAAGAUAAAUUAUCUUUACCAGGUUGGUGGGGUUACCAAUCUGUAUUCAGUGUUUUAAAAAAAUAUAUACAUGGGAUAUGGAAUACUUAAGAAUAAGUGUGUUUACUGCUGCUUAUCAAAUAGCAUUAACUGCCCUAGUGUGCGUAAUAUUGUGGUGGGCUAGAUACAAAAUGAGAUAAACAGAUUUGGCCCUUAUCCUCUGGGAGCCUACAGUCUAAAAGUAAGUAACUUUGACAUAGACAUCAGAUAAUAAUCAAAUGCACAUACGUAGUAUGCAGCAGAUACUAAACUGUUCAGGACAUAAAACUAGAAAGUUAUGUAUUACAAGUUUGGUGCACUGCAAUGCAAUGUCAGGAAAGGUGCUGGGAAGUACUGAUUCCAUUUAGUGAGUUAACAGAUAGUCUUUUGAAGGGAAUAGGAGAAGGGAAAAAAUUCUCAAAGUGGAAGCAGCCCAUAAGAAGGUGGAGUUCUGUGAGUGGAAAAGGUCUAAAAACUGGGAUGGGUAUAGCAAAGGGAAUUGGUUGGGCUAUAGGGAGGUAAGGGAUGAUUCACGGGAUGAUUCACUUGUCAGGGGUCCUUAGAACCAGAAUAUAAGUGAACUUGACACCACUGAAGGGCAUUAAAACGGUGUAGCGGAAGACAAGAAAUGACUUUAAGUGAGAUUUGAAGGUGUGCCAGAAGCAGACAAAGCAGAGGUACAAAAAUCGAUUAUAUGGAAUCUCACUGGGGAUGGAGGACUGCUUCUAGUAUAGAGUAAGAAUGAUCCUAUUUGAGCCAAGAAAUCAGGAGAUACAGCUGAUUCUAAGAUAUCUUAGUGAGAGGAUACCUGACCGUUAUUAGUUGGGAAGGAAUUAUUAUAGGAGGUGGAGGGUGGUGGAGAGUAUUUACUGGAAAGAUGAACAGCUGUCUUCCUCACACUUGGUAUUAAGAUAAUACACUCAGUUAAUUGUCCCACAGUUGGAGUCAGAAAAUUGACUAGCAGGUGAGGUGGACUAUUGUAGAGAGUUGGUAGAUAAAAAUAUUAUAUGAUUUAGAAGGUUCUGAUGGAGGAGGAAUACUGGGAUUCCAGAACACACUUUUAUUAGGAAUCAGAAUGCCACGCUCCCCCUAAGAUGUUAAAUAAGCAGUAAAAGGUAUAAGAAAACCAGUCUAAAACUGCCUUAAAGCUAAGCUCUGUGAUGGUGUUAGAGUGUGUGAUCAAUAAUAGAAAAAUAAGUUUACUGUCUUUAGCAUAUCCAUGUUUGGUCUGGUGGAAAGAUCAUGGGAACGGAGUACAGAAAGACAUGAAUUCUAGUCUCUACUGUCUUAUGUGUAAGUCAAACCGCCUCAUUUCCCCAGUCUGUAAAACAGAAUCAUGUUUACACCCUAAGCUGCCUCUCAGGGAUGCCAUGUGAAUAAAUGAGAUAAUGUCUACAACCUGCUUGCAGUUCUUCAAAAAGGAAGCGCUAGAGAAAUAUUUGAUUAUAUUGUCAUUCGGAUGAGAACACUGUAACAACUUGCAUUUGUGGCUCCCUUGGAGUCAUUAGUUUACUGCCAUCUACUGAAUCAUUAUGUCCUUGGGAGAAAUGUGGCAUUUGUCAAGCGGAAUUACUGUAAACUGAGAAAAAUCAUUAUUACAAGCCUGCUAGGUUUGGUAUCUCUUUGUACUUAUGAUCUGGAGACCUAGGAUAAUUAUGAGAGCCAGACGUAGUAUCUCAAAAUCAAGGAGUAGUAAUGAUGCUUACCUGUAAUUGGAAAAAAAGAAAAAACCAACGAACAGAAGGAAUAGGGCAAAAGUAAAAAUGCCUUGCUUGGAUGGGGAUAAAUCUCAGCCUACUCUCAGCCCCUUCUCAACUCCUUUGUUUAAUUCUACAUCA